AUGAAUUACUCGGUGUUAUGCAGUUGUAUUCCAAAGAUGAGGAUACCAGAACAGUGGGCCACUGGUGCAUCGCCCUAUACCUUUAUCGCAAAGAGGCUUUUUUUAUUCUGGAAUGCAAUAUCUUCAGAAUCCAACUAUCGGAAAUCAAUAAAAAUAGUUAAAUUAAACUUAAUUUCUCAAACUUAA